AUUACCUCGGGCCGGAAUAAGUGAAUAUAAUAUUGAUAUAGAUUUAUAGACCGAAGAAAUUAUUCACCCAUGUACGACUCUGAAACUGUAUGCUAUUAUAAACGAAAUAUGUUUCGAUUUGGAGUUGUUUACGGAUGGUGCUUUCUUGACUUCCAGGGGUAAGCUUUUCCAGAGCCCUUCCAGAGUAAAGGGGCUACACAAGCAAAUGCUCGAUCAUCCGUAGUGUAACUUUUUUUUUGUUAUUUCAAGAUUGUGACCUGUAUAAAGCAAGGAAUCCAUUGAACUCUGCCAGUUGCGACCACGUUGACUAGUUUUAUAACUCACCAAUGCUGUGAUGUAGCCAGGAGCUUGGCCAAGAAGUACUUUGUAUAUACGAUUAGGAAGAUUUUGAAUGCUAUUCUCUGGCGUAUCGGUAACCAAUAUAGAUCCAACGGAUACGUUAAAAAAAUCAGGGGGAUCGGCACGAUGGCGACCGAUGACGAGUAUAACAUCACAGCCGAAGAAGCAUUUCGUUUCCUGCACGAUGUCUUACAGAUGGAGUGUACAGAAACGUGGAUCAAGGCCAACAAGGUUUUCUUCCUGGGAGAGUUCAUCAGAGGUAUGCACUACCACAUCCCCUUCCAGACAAUCUCAGGGAUCGCGAUUCCUGAUGGGAAACGUCGGUUACCAACGGCAGCCGACAUCAAGACAGACAUCUUCUCCAAACUAGGAGGCAUAUGUUACCAGAUCAACUUAUUCUGCUGGAUGCUGCUGCGUGCUCUUGGGUUCGAUACCCGGUUGCUGACAUCCGAUGUCUUUGGGCAGAAAGACUACCACAUCGGUGUCAUCAUCAAUGGCCUCACUGACAACGGUUCCAAGCAUCUACUGGAGGUCGGGUCCAGUUAUCCAUCUCGGCGACUCAUCCCUCUAGAUUUCGAACACUGCUCGCCGGAAUAUUCCGAUUCCUAUAUGAAGUAUCGGUUCGUCCGACAAGGGGAGGGGACGGUGAUCUUCCAGCAUAAAAUCAACACGGUUUCCUCGUUGGCGCGCAAGCAUCCUGGAUACAUCGAGGGUGAGUGGUUUUCUUUUAUCUUCUAUAACACCGAACGAUCCGUCAGUGUGUCUCAUUUCAACACUGCAAUGACCAGUAUCAUGACUGUUGUCAAUGAAGACGACUUCGCUCUUACAAGCUUGCGUUGCACGGCCUACCCCAACGGUCGUCUCGUCUGCAUCAAGGAUUCCAAACUCAUGCUGGAGGACGAAGGGCAAGAGGUGCAGUAUUCUCACUUCCGGUCACGUGACGAGUUUCUAGAAGCUUUUCAGCGCCAUUUUCCUCAGUUUACGGAGAGUAUGAUCCGAGCCGCUAUGAAAAAUAUUCAGUUCAAACUGCCAUGAACUUUGACUUCAUUAAUAAUUAUUUCUAAAAAAUAUGAAAUUGUUUAUGGGUAUCCGGAAGGGCUUCAUCAACCAAUCUCUUGGCAGGAUCUGCCUGAUCACCUUACCUUUUACCAACAUGAUAAAGCAAAUUUAAAUUGCAUUUUCAUACUUAUAAAAGGUAAAUAUAGCCUCGGUAAAAGGGGAACAACUACAGAAGUUCACUAUACUCUAUAAGAUUAUGUGCAUUGUAACUUUUUGUAAGCCUAACUGAAAUAGUGGUGGUGCUGGGAAAAAUCCAAAAUGGUAAUGGUUGAUCAUUAUAAGGGUUGAAAUUGUCAUGUUUAAACCUAUGGUCUAUUUUGCACUUUGCUUUCCGUACUUCUCUUAAAGGGAUGGUCCAGGCUGGAAAUAUUUAUAUCUCAAUAAAUAGAGUAAAAUUCACAGAGCAAAAUGCUGAAAAUUUCAUCAAAAUCGGAUAACAAAUAAUAAAGUUAUUGAAUUUUAAAGAUCUACACUAUUCCGGUGAAACAGUUCUAUAGGCAUGUCUUUAUGAAUAUUCAUUAGGUGGGUUGAUGAUGUCAUAUCCCCACUUGUUCUUUUGUAUUUUAUUAUAUGAAAUUAGGUUUAUUCAAAAAUUUCGACCAAGAACUAAAACAAUUGGAUUGACAACUGAUUAAGUGCAUUAGUUACUUAUUGCCGCAACUUAUUUCAUCAUAGUGGAGACGCAUCAUCUACACACGUAUGAAAAAAUGAAACUUUUAUGAUUUCAUGUAAUAACAUAAGAAAAGGGAAAGUGGAGAUGUGAGAUCAUCAGCCCACCUCAUGAAUAUUCAUGAUGAUGUGCAAAUAAAUGUUUUCACAAAAUAUUGAUAAACUUUAAAAUUCACCAACUUCGUUAUUUGUUAUCCGAUUUUGAUGAAAUUUUCAGCAUUUUGCUCUGUGAAUUUUAGUUUAUUUAUUUAAUUAUAAAUAUUUUUAGCCCGGGCCAUCACUUUCCAUGUCUAUGUAAUUCGUUGUUACGCCCGUUUCUCCCACAAUACAUACAUUCCCAUUGCCACUCCAACUACAUGUUUCUAUUUUUAGUUAGUCGGGUGCAUGGCCUUAUUCUCAUAUUCAGAAUAUUCUUCUCCACUCAUAAUCCUCAUAUAUCAUCCUUAUUGGUUCACCGUUAACCAUCGGUUCUUCCAUUUUUUGUUCUUCCAUUCCCUCAUUCUCUAUUGGUUAAGUUGAUCAUAUAUUAUUACCCUUUCUGUGAAUAUUUUGUUUUAAAUAUGAUAAUCUAUAGUGUGGUCUGGAUUUCCGUUCAAUAAAUCAGAGCAU